UGUACUAUCGUGGUUAAAAUAUCUCGUGUAACUUUUGCGUAUUUAAAGUUUAAUACAUUUCUUGUGCGUAUAUAGGCACGAUCAAAUUUUUAUCAACUUCUUACCAACUAGAUUAGUAUAAAAAGAUUAAAUCGUUGGAAAAUUGUUUUGUUUUCUUUCAAAGGCAUGCGAACAUGCUGCCAUUCAUCGUGGGUGGAGGAUGGUGGAAGCACGUUUCAUGCUGUUCCUCCCUCCCCCCUGCCGGCUCCAUUUAGAAACGCCUUGGGAAGGUUGUACUUGGGACACCGUGAAGGUAAAGGGGGUUUAUUUUAAAACAGACGUGAGGGACGUUAUUUGUGGGUCUUGUGUCUUGUUAUCAGAGAAGGUUUUGCUGUUUGAAGUGUUGGUGAAAAAGUUUGACAGUCGGUGUCACAAUUUGCGCGUGAAAGUGCAGAAGUUUUUGGAUUAUACAAGUUCUUCAGCAGAAGAAAUGUUCAACGACGCGCGAACGAGGCCGACAAAAUGGGAGUCAGACCUGCGGUACAAGGGAUCCAGUGGAGGAUUCGAGGAGUACUUCAAGUCU